UGUAUGUAUGUGUGUGUGUGUGUAUGUGUGUGUAUACACCUCUAUCGAAGCUCGUUCCGUUUUAUCAGUAGCGCGACUCCGGACGAACGAACGAACGGCGCGGCGAACGCGCUGUCCCACAUUUUCAGUCGCACGUACGCGACAGUGCAUACCGCAGGUGCCUGUCAAUCGUUUCUCUGCUAGAUACAUAUAUUUCAGUCUCGGAUUCGCGUAUAGAGAUCGGGCAGAAUCGCUGCGAGCCUCGUCGUACGCGGCUGCACCGUCGAAGCGACGAUGAUGUUUCCGGAAGCGAGGGAUUUUUCAGCCACCGUCGUCGUCGCUCGCCGCAGGUGCGUCGAACGGUAAGAUCGAGAUCGAACGAUCGCACCUGAACGGAGUGCACGCCAUAGAAUCCACCUCGAUUUAGAACGUGUGCGUGUGUUACUAUGUGUGUAUGUGCGUACGCGUUUCGAUCAUGUCAACCGCCGCAGGAAAGUGAAGAUAGUCCGUUAUUCCUGUCCAAUGUAAGAAAGGAGGAAGAGAAAAGACAAAAGGAGAAACGGAGGAAGCGAUAAAUUUCGCGUUAACCACGAAGCCAAUUUAACCGAUCGUCAUGGAAAACGAGGACUUUGGUUUCGCGAGAAGGUCCGAUAACGUUCUGAGAAUGAUGCACAUUGUUAGCAACGAACAAACGGUCGAUAAUAAUACAAUUCGUAACGAUGGGCAACGAAUCCGUCCUUCAUCUAAGACGUCGGAAGUCGGUGGUGGUGGAUCAACGACUUCAGCGCCUCCGACCAGAGCCGGAAGCGAGGGUCGUGAACGCGCUUCAACCGCCGCCGGCUCAGUCGUGCCCGACACGCCGAACAUACCGAACGUGGUGGAGUAUCAUCUCAAGCCUAUAUCAACGACGAAACACUGCCGACGCGAUAACAUUCCUAGGGACCAGUCUCUGGAAGAAAUGAAGAAGGAGAAGAAUCCGGUAUCCUUCGAUGAUAAGAAGAAAGAUUUUGUGUCAAAGUUAUCGCGUUUGUCCAUCGACAAUAAUGUUUUCGAAGGAUCCACCGAUCUGCCGCAAGUGUUUCAGGUGAAAUAUUUGGGGUCCCACGAUGCAAGAGGCCUCUGGGGCAUCAAGCAUACGAGAAGGCCCGUCGAUAAUAUGGUUUCUGCUGCAAAGGCCUUGCCGACCAACACAAUGCUUCCUCUUAUCAAACUGGUGGUCUCUCAGGAAGGAGUUACCUUGCUGCCGAUAGAUAAGAGAAAGCAGGAUGCCAAUUCCAGGAUGUAUCCUAUCGAGACGAUCUCCUAUGGGGUGCAAGAUCUCGUUUACACUAGGGUCUUCUCUAUGAUAGUCGUUCGCGAGACGGAGAACUUCAGAAGGAUCUCGCCGUUUGAGUGUCACGGUUUUGUUUGCGAGUCCAAGUAUUAUGCAAGGCAAUUGACGUACGCUCUCGCAACAGCCUUUGAAAUGUACUCCAAAACCGUGAAGGCUCAGGAGAAACUGGCCGAGGUUACCGGGAACAACAUCGCUAGAAAGAGAUUCGCGAUCGACCUGAGAAGUCCCGAAGAGAUCGAAGCGGAUCUCACGAUGGAUUCCGAGGCGUAGUUUGAAAAGUCUUUCGUUAUUUAAUAGACUAAAAUAUGAAUAGGUAUGAAUUUUUAGUCAGAAAAAUUUGGGGAAUCUUUGAUCUACGUAAAAGAGUAAAAAAAGAGUUCAAUAUAAAUCUGUGGGAUCGAAAUCGUCUUCAAAGAAUUCGGUUUAAUUCUAACACGAUAUAGAAUAGAUAAUUAUUUUAUAAUCCGAAGAAUAUUUUUUGAGAAAGACAACACACACACACACACACACACAUAUACAGGGUAGAAAAUACAUCAUUAGAUUUCCAAAUAAAUAUCACCAUUUCUUUUAUCACAUCACAGGAGAAUGCAGUUAUAUUAAGCUACUAAUUAUUUUUUUUAUAGAUACUUUGUAUAGUUUUUAUAAACAUUUAUAUACUGUUGUUUAAAAAAUUUACAUAAAACAAUAUAUUUUUUUACAAUGAAAGAGUUAAUUCGACGCACAUACACACACAUACACAUAUACAUAAUGAAAAGAAGAUUUAAUAUAUAUUUUUUAUUGCUUGGAAAUAGGUUUAUUGAAGAGAAUAUGUAUUUAGUAAUUAUAUAUUUUUAAUACAAAUGUAGAAAAGUUUUUUAAUAAGUUUAUAUGUAAAUAUUCGUAGAUACAAUUAGAAUUAUUAUAUUAAGUAAAUAAUUGUAUAUAUUAAGUGCAACAUUUUUUACUAAUAUCUCGAGCGUAACACGUUCUGUUUAAUAUAUUUUAAUUUCUUCGAAAAGAGAUGAUUCGCUACAUCGUAAAAAAUCAUGUCUUAACUUAUACAUCUUUUUUAAUAUGGUUUAAUGACGCAAACGUUUUGGAUUUAUAUUUGUUUAUUUAAUUUUUUAAAUUGUAUUUAUAUGCACAUUACGAAUCGGCAAUUCCAAUACAAGAAGGAAGAAAUAUUUAUCGUUAGAGUGUUGUUAUGUGGAUAUGAGUGUUCUUGUACAAUUGUUGCUUAUUUUAUUAUUUUAUCGGCAUUGCGAAAAGCUAGAUAGGCUUCGCUUAUCUGAGAUGAUAGCUAGAUAUCCAAAGAUAUCGAAUAGAAAAAGAUGGAACGCGCGGGAGUUGUGGAUGAUGUUUCAAACGUCGCGACUUGUGCGAUUUCACGAAAAUUUUGCGAUGAUGAUCGACGAAUCGGACGAUGAUUUUGGAUUUACUUCUUAGCCGUUUUACGUGUGCAUGUGUGUUUCUAGUUUAAGUUCAAUAUUCCGAAACUACAUUUUAAUAUUAGCGCAAAAGCUAUAUAGAAUAGUAACAGAAAAUUUUCUGUUAUUAUUUAAUGCGUUUUUAUAUUUUUUAAUUGUUUUAUAUUAAGUUCACAAGAGACCAAUAUCGACACAUAUCAAUGCAAAUGCAUAGUGUUGUCAAUAACACUUUCUUAUCGCCGUGUAUAUAUUGCUUUAUUUCAAUUAGUAGGUUUUUUCUGAUUCUUUUUUUAUUACGUUUGCGAGGCUAUCGCGUCACGAUUCUUGUGCACUUUAGGCUUGGGACAUUCGUGUAACGCUUUUUCUUGUAUAAUCAUGGUCUUGUAUUCUAGAUAUCAGUAUUAGAUGAUUAUAUUUGUUGGCCUGUACUUAUAUACUAUUAGCAAUAAAAAAUAUCUUUUUGCGUCACUGUAAACAAACUUUUUUUGACAAUAAUUAUUAUUAAAGUGUUCCGUCGUUAUUCUUGUUUUUGCAAAGAUAAAAAAAAGCUAUUAUCUUUUUUGCAUCUUUCAGUUUAUUCGAUUAAUAAUUACAGAUAUAAGCGUUUAAUUUUUUUGCACAUAAUUACGAGAAAUACGACUUAUUUUACUCGUAUUCGACUGGCUCUGUACAGAAAUUUUAUUUUACACACGCGUCAUUAUGUUAUAUUUUAUAUCGACAAUAAUUUAAACUUUAGCCUUAUGUAUUUGCUAUUAUGAGCGCUCUUACAAAGAUGAUAAGCGAUCUAUAAGCGAUUAUCUUAAUGAUUAAAUGAGCAUUUAGUCAAUCUUAAUCGGUGUAAGCUAAAAUUUUAUUCUUAAGCUGAGAUAUUGGCUAGCCGUAAUUACGAUAUUUUAUAGAACAAUUCCUUUCAAAUGAGCGGAGAAAAGGUGUAUUUUUAAUUAUGCCGGAACAACCUUUCUCGAUCUAACAAUCUAGAAUUUUUCGAAAAUGAUUUUUUUGACACCGUUUCCAAUUCAGAAGUCUUUGUGGUGUUUUCCUUUCCUCGUUCCUGAUCUGCCUCCUCUUCCUCUUCCACUUCCUUGCCAAUCUCCUCGUUCAAAACGUAAUAUUUCUCCGAUUCCUCGCAUGGUAUCGAACUUUCUGUCCGUGUGCAUACAAAUGUCGCCUGUAAAUCAAAAGUAAGGAAUAUUGUACAAUAUUAUUAAUAUACCUUUGUAAUUUUGAACAAAACAGGUCAGCAAAUAAAUAGCCAUUGUUUAACAUCAGCAUGUUCU